UAUCUGUUGGCCUGUCAACACAUUUCCCAUAAGUGGUCUGUGAAGUUUUGACACGCGUCCUGAACCUCGUACUCUACAACACUGGAAACUGAACUCGCACACCAAAGCAGCGAAGAUGUGUUGCUCGGAGAUACUGAAGAUCAUCAACGGCGCCAUCUUUCUGGUGGGCGCUGCCCUCCUGGGCUUGGGCGUAUCGGUGAUGAGGGACUCGAAAGAGCUGUGCUACCUGCUCAUCGGGCUGAGUGCCGCGCUCAUACUCAUGGGCUUCCUGGGAAACUGCGGGCCCGUCAAGAAGAGCCGCUGUAUGCUGCUCACCUACUUCAUCAUUGUCCUCAUCAUCUUCAUCGCUGAGGUGGCUGGAGGCAUAGCGAUUAUAUCCCAGCCCUCGACCACAAAAGUCCCUGUCAGUCCCUUUCAAAAGAUAGUGGCCAUGAUCCGGGAUAACGCUGGUGUUGCGGGAGCCACGGCUGGGGCCGUCUUUGCAGUGGAGGUUGCUGCCAUGGUUGGCGUCAUGAUUUUGUACCAGAAAGCAGACUAGCAUCGCCAGCCAGGUCAAGACCCACCUGCAUCAACAUCUGGAAUCUCACAUUUGGGCAGAAACAGGAUCUGGCCCAAUGUCAAGAGCCACCUGCAUCAGCCAAUCAGAAUCGCCUGGGUUUGGCCUGACAGCCAAUCAUUCUUCACCCCACCCUGAUCACACAUCGCACGUACACACACUCACGCUUCUGUCCCCCAGAGAAUGGCCGACUCUAUUAAACAUCUGGAAUCUCACAUUUGGGCUGAAAUAGGAUCUGGCCCAAUGUCUGCAGCUCUCAGGAUUGUCACAUCUGAGGUGCGUUCAAUUUCGGCAAACAGGGUAACAUUCAAGGUUAAUGCGUUUCCUCUUACUUUGUGAAAACAUUCCAAAUUGCUCAAUUUAAUAAUCAAAAUAGAAUAUGAAAAGAAACAAAUAGAAUCCAGCAUCCAUGCUCGUCCUCAGAGCGUUUGUGUGUGUUCGCAAACGUUCGCACUGAACUAAAAUGCAAAUGGCAAACAGUUUGAAAACAUUUGCCUUUAUUUACUAUUUUGAACGCUCCUCAGAUUCACAGUGAGCCACCUGCACCUUUGUUCUGUCUACCCCAGUGCCAAGGCACACAGCACAUCCUCAUUUAAACACAGCGUGUCUUGGUUCAUUGCUUUGUUUGUUUACAUUCUAUGUGUGCAGAUCAAAUCGGUUUAAUAAUCUGAAAAGUCAUUUCCAAUGACGUUGGAUGUCGUUGGUGGGCUGAGUUUUUUCCUUUACUUUCUGAUGCAGUGAUUUAAAUUAUUUUGACCAAUAUAAAUGAAUAAAUCGUUACGUUUUUCUUCAUCAA